UCAACAUGGCUGCGCGUCGCGGUGAGCCAAAAAAAUCAGACGUGCCAUUUGAUUAUCAAGCAACAAAACAGGAAUACAUGAAAACGAUCAAGAAACAGGCAGACGUGCGACCGUGGCUUCAAAGUGAGUUGAAAUCUGUUAUAGCUGAUAUAAAAAUGGCAAAUGGGAAAUCGUCUGAAUUAACACAAACCUAUGAAACGUUUGUAUCGGACGAUCAAGAGAGGGGAAUAUUGAUUUUACGUCGUGAUAAAUCCCCGACGAUAAUUGAGGUGGUUUCCGCCGAAGAUUCGUUCGAUUUGUUCGUCGAAGUACAUCAAGCAACCGGUCAUGGCGGGAGAGACAAAAUGUUACAGAAUAUGCGACAGAAAUACCACGUUUCUGAAGUAUGUUUGAAAAUCUUUUUAGAUCUGUGCAACGUUUGUCGUACAAACAAAAAAGUGAAUCCGGAAAAAAAUAUCCAUCAUACCGUCAUAGUCGAUUUAUUGGAUUUCUGUGCGACACCCGAAGAAACAGACGGUGAUUUUGGUCACGUGUUAAUAUACAAAUUUAAAUGGUCUGGCUUCACAUUGUUACGGCCAAUAAGCAGUACCAAUUUUGAGAAAGACAUCGCUUUGGAACUAUUGAAUAUAUUUCUAGAUUUUGGACCCCCUGCGAAGAUAGUUGUAGAUAUUUCCAGAUUAUCUCUGUUCCAAUCGGUUAUAGUUCAAAUAAUGAGUUUAUCGUGCGAUUUUAGUGUUUUAGUCGAAUAUAAUGUGAAUGAGGACCCCACAAAGUAUUGCAUUAAGGAUAGUAUACAAAAUUGGAUAGACGUGAACGGUACUGGAAAAGGUUGGGCGACUAUGUGUCAUUUAUUACAAUGGAAAAUAAAUAAAAGCAAAUCUAUAGAACAGUCUAUACAUGUGAAAGAUGACUGUCCGCAUAGUGCACAUUUCAAAUAAUCCACUCGAAGAGCAGAAGAGACCAUGUUGCCAAUUACCCAAAAAAUUCAAAACAUUUUUUAGAACAACAUAUGUAUGUACGUAUAUCAAGUCCUAAUUCCUUACAUAAUAGACAGAUCCAGCCGACUUGAAGACCACAUCUAGCUGAAUAGAAUUGAAAUUCAAAUAUAGAUUGCUAGAACAUCGCAGAAGAGAUUUGUUUUUCAGAGAAGUAAAUUCCUUUAAUUUCCUUUAUAAUAAACUUGUGAAAUUACAAUAUUUGAUGACUUAUUUAAAUGAUUUUAUUUUAAUUUUUUUU